CAACAUAUUAUUUGGGGAUAAGAGCUCGACCAAACAGGACUAUUGUCAUUUACGAACGCUGUUUGCAUUCAACAAGAUCCAACAUGAAGUCUGUUCUCCUUCUUGUCGCUGUCGUUUGCUCUGUUACAGGUCUGCCAGCCCUGUACGAUAACGGACGCAUCUUUGGAGGGGGUACGGCCGAAUCCGAACAAUUCCCGUACGUAGUUUCCAUCACUGAAAAUGAUCGCCACUUCUGCGGCGGAUUCAUUUACAGCACCAGGUGGAUCGUCACGACAGCUUCAUGCGUUGUUGGGAAAACGGCCAGCAAAUUGAAAGUGGUCGUCGGUCAGGUGAGCGCCAUUAACGCCGAUCCCAACGAGCAAACGUUGGCUGUUUACACCAUCACACCUGUGCCACAGUACAACAGCACGAAUCAGUUUAAUGACAUCGCUCUCCUUAAGCUUACAGCUGACAUUGAUUUUGAUUACGUCAAUGUUGAUUUCGUCGCGUACAACGAAUUAGACAAUAAUUUGCCUACAGUUGUCAUGGGAUGGGGUGCAACUUUCCAAGGAGGAUUGGAAUCGGUUAAUCUUCACUACGGAGAGGUCACCCUCAAUCUUGUGACUGCGACAUCGCCUUGUGGACCUUAUGCAGUAAACGAAGAAUUUAAUUUGGCGACCAUGAUUUGCGCUUCAAAUGAUCCCGCCGCCAGCACCCUAGCUCCUCCUCCUACUGCAACUUUAAGUCCUCUUGGAUCUCCUUGUUCAUACGACGAGGGCUCCCCGUUGGUCCAAGUCAUGGGCGACGUUCCUACCGUUGUUGGCAUCUUGUCCAAGACUGAUGGCUGCUCGGAAAAUUCUUAUGGCGUUUACACCCGCGUCUCCAUCUUCUACUCGUGGCUUCUCAACACGGCCGGUCCGCAGCCAAUCCGGCCAACAACGGAAGCCCCAACAACGCCAACGACAGCUCUUCCGGGGCGUAAAUAAGGCUAGUAAUCUGCACUAGCUGUGAAGAAGAAAUCCUUCUAUCCUUCUCUUCACGCUUAAUUCAACAUCAAUCUACACGGACAUGUGCAAUAAUUUCAAAACCGUUUGACAGCUUUUUUUUGUGCACCAAUAAAUGAAAUACCGCUGAUA